CUGAGUCGGCCAUUCUACACAAUGUCAACUUUCCCAUUAGAUGUUGUGGAGGAAAUCCUCCGUCGAGUACCCGUUUAUUCUGUAUUACGUUGUAGGUGCGUAUCAAAAACUUGGCUGUAUCUUAUUGAUAGUCCUCAGUUUGCUAAAUUACAUUUCAAUUUUUCUCUCAAAACCAAUUUGCUUGAUCUUGAGAAAAGUUGAUUAUUAUGGAUAUGGAAAACGUUACUUUUACUCUCUACCCUUCGAUUUUCUCAACUCCCGAGUUGUUACUCCCAAAGAAUUGACAAACCCUUUAAUGUCUUCUCAAUUUAAUACCAACAUACUUGGUUCUUGUAAUGGGUUGUUGUUGAUAUCAAAUACUGUUGAUGAAAUUGCUUUAUGGAAUCCCUCAACAGGAAAAUACAAGAAACUACCACUUUUGGGUAUUGCUAAAAAUGAUGUUAGGGUUAAUUUUGGAUUUGGGUAUGAUAUUAUCAAUGGUGACUAUAAGGUUGUUAGAAUUGUGCCGUUUCCCGGUUCUGAAAAGGGUUCUUUUCAAUCUCAUGUUAUGGUUUAUAGUUUGAAAUCAAGUUGUUGGAGAGGGGUUGAUGAAUAACUUACUUAUCACCUCCAGUAUGUAGAUCGACCAGGUACAUAUCUAAAUGGUUCAUUGCAUUGGGUUGUUACUGCUUACAUGUUGAGGAUGCCUGUUGAUACUGUGGAAUCCCUGAUUGUUGCUUUUGAUCUUGCAACUGAAAAGUGGCUACUUGUAUGAAUUGCAUUCUGAAUUUGGCUGCAAUGGGAGGCUCCCUUUGCGCAUAUAAAACCUACUUGAUAGAUUCUUAUGGUGAUUGGGGGAAUGUGGAUCUUGUUAUGGACCAUGUGGACAUAUGGGUUAUGAAGGAAUAUGGAGUUAAGGACUCGUGGACUAUGGUUACAUCACUGGAAGAACCAGAUAAGCAAAUUGGCCAUACUAUGGUCCCACUUGAAUUUUCAAAGGAUAGAAAGGAAAUUCUUGUGGAACAAGAUAAUAAGCGAUUCCGUUGGAAUAGUAUUAAUGAUGAUUCUAUAAAGAUUGUUGAUACUGAAAUUGGGGCGUUACGUGGCUUUCUACAUUUCAACAGUUAUGUUUAUUUGAGAAGCCUUGUUCAGCUCCAUUCCAAUGAUGAGGAAAGUGAUCUGAAUAAACAGUAUAAUCAAUAUAAAGGCGGAAACAAGAAAGCCUUAAAGAAGAGAGGAGAUGAUUUCCUUUCAAAAGGGUUCAAGUUAAAGCUUUGAGCAAUGAGUGAGGUCAAGGUGAACUGGGGAGUUGGUGACAAUGCUGCAAUUCUUUCCUGUGAAUAUGGUUAUAUAAUAUGUGAUAAUGUGCUUUAAGAGUGUGUGUAUUUUUGAUGGUGAAACACUGAAGAAGAGCACAGUUGGUGUUUUGGACUUUAAACUCUAGUAUCCCUCCUACUCUCUUUUGAUGUAAAUAGUAGUAGUACAUACUUAUGUUUUGAUAUCAGUUUUUAGUCGA